AAGGCCCUUUCAUACUGCCGAGAGAGAGAGAACGGAGAGAGAGAUCGAGAGAGAGAUCGAGAGAGAUCAUCAAAUAAAAUCAAUAAUAUCUGGAAGCGCGAACUACACAAGAUUAGCUGAUCUGAUCAAAGUUUUACCUGCUAAAUGUCUACACUUGCAGCUGCUAGAGCGGACAAUUUUUACUAUCCACCAGAAUGGACACCAGAUCAGGGUUCUUUGAACAAGUUCAAUGGCCAGCAUGCCUUGAGGGAGAGAGCCAGGAAAUUAGACCAGGGAAUUUUAAUUAUAAGGUUCGAGAUGCCUUACAAUAUCUGGUGCGGUGGGUGCAAUUCCAUGAUUGCUAAGGGUGUAAGAUUCAAUGCAGAGAAAAAGCAAGUUGGAAACUAUUAUUCCACCAAGAUAUGGAGCUUUACCAUGAAGGCUGCAUGCUGCAGACAUGAGAUUGUUAUUCAGACCGAUCCAAAGAAUUGCCAGUAUGUAAUUAUUAGUGGUGCACAACAGAAGGUUGAGGAGUAUGACAACGAAGAUGCUGAAACCUUGGCACUCCCGGUGGAUGAAGAAAAAGGUAAGCUGUCAGACCCCUUUUAUCGUCUUGAGCACCAGGAAAAUGAUAUAAAGAAGAAGAAAGAAGCGGAGCCUGUGCUUGUGCGCCUUCAGCGAGUAUCUGAUGCAAGGCAUGCAGAUGAUUAUGCUUUAAAUAAAGUCCUCCGCUCCAAACUCAGGAAUCAAAAGAAAAGGGUUGCUGAAGAAGAGGCAGCUUCCAGGAAAAUGGGACUCAACUUUCGGUUACUCCCUCCCUCCGAAGCAGAUACUGCCGCUGCAUCACGUGUAAAAUUUGCUACUAAGUUUCAUAAGAACCAGAAGGAGAAACGAGCAUUGAUAAAUUCUUCUUCAAUAUUUUCCAGUACAUCUACGUCUACUGCAAAACAGUUUGAGUUGGCAGGCAAAAGAAGAAAAAUAAAUGCUUCUGCAGCAUCCAACUUACUGGUUGGAGGAUAUAAGCCAUCAUCAUGGGCAAGGAGUGCCUCUUCUGGCAAGAAGAGAAGUUAAAGUGCAAGGACAGUACAUGAUUUCAGAGUAUAGCAUAAUUGUGUCCUUGUGUAAAAUUGUGAUCGAGGUGAUUACAUUUAGAGAGGAGCAAAAUUUUCCAAAUUUUGCUUGGUCAAUGUACCUGUCUGUUAUCUCUGUUUUGUGCAUGUAAUAUCAACUUGGGUAAUGUCGUUUGUUGUGUUACUAAUUGAUUGACCACUUAAUAAAUGAGUAAACUGGGAGUUUGAACUUUAA